AGUCUUAAAUCUCAGAAUGAUAUAUGGCUGAAGGUGAUGAACCUUUGCCUAAUUUCUGAGUUAUGAAAUCGAAAAACUAGAGGACUUACAGAAACUGGGCAACAGAAAAGAAUUUGGAACCAAUGUUUUACCCUUCCAUAAAUGCAUGCAUAUUUUCAUAAUAGUAAAAGACACAUGGGUAUGACCACAUGGUUUUGCUGAACCUCUGAUUCCAGCAGAUUAAAUACCUUUUAGGAGUUUAAUGUAACAGAUCCUGUCAAGGGGAAAUAAUAAGCAUUUGUUUUGAUUUUUUUUACUUUAAUGAAUUACCCCGCUUAGCAGAAUAAAACCAAAAGAGGAAGUUAAUUAGAAUUGAAUUUCCAAAUAAAACUAAAAAAGAAAGUUGAUUUAAAGUAAUUUUAUUAUAUAUGUUUUAAGACCGAGAAGUAAACAGUACAUACAGUCCCAAUUUAUGAGAAAAUAAUUUCAAGAAUGUCUCGAGAUCACCGGACUGUAUCACUGAAACUGUCAAAGGUGCUCAAUGAUAUUGGUGUCAAUGAGAGAAUGAUUCUGAAGAGGAGGAGGACGGUCUUGUUGUGGGAUACUAUGGACACUUUAGGUACAGACAGAUUGCUGGGCAAGAACAUUUCCACCUAUCGUUUUGGUAGCCAGACUGAAGGGUCUACAACAUUAGGACUUCAUUCAGACACUGAUACACUCUUCUGCUACAAUAAGUAUAAUGUGAUACAGGACUGGGGUGAGUGGCAACCUGGCAAGCUCAAUCUACUGAUGAUCCAGGAUGAGACCACAUCCCCAGGUUACUGUCUACUACAAUGUCUGAAACUUGAUGAGCCUCUUCCUUUUCCUACUGCUUUACUUAAUCAUGAACUAGGCAGAUAUUUAAGAGUUAGCAGAGGUAAAGUGCUGGUGAAGAAUACAGCUCAUAGAGACAGUGCUAUCCCAGGAAGUGUAAGUAAUGGUCCUGCUUCAUCAAUACAAGGAGGGCCAGGUUUUGCUGAUCAUGAUUCUGUUCCAGCACACCACUGUAACUCAUGGCCUGUAGAAGCCCGACCAUGGUUAUUACAACAAGGUCUAGGAAGAUGGCCUUCAGAAGACAUUAAGAGAUAUUGUGAGACUACAGGAUGUUUUGUUGUACCAGUGAGCAGUAAAAAUGGCCAGAAUGAGCAACUUGAAUGGAGAAUAUCUACUUCCCAGGCUGAAAGAUGUCUGAUGUUUAAUAUAAACAUCACACAAUUAAGGUGUUACAUCCUGAUGAAGAUGAUUCUUAAAACAUUCAUAAAUCCUCGGUGUAAUGGUGUCCUUUCAAGUUUCAUGUGCAAAACUGUUUUAUUUCAUUGUAUACAAAAUACACGUUCAAAUAACUGGGUGCAAUCUAACUUACUCCCAUGUUUGAUGUGCUGCCUUACAGUAUUGCAGAACUUUGUAAGACAAGAAAACUGUCCACAUUUUAUAAUACCUGAAAACAACCUGAUGGCUGGAAGAAUUUCUCCUCAUAACAAACAUAAAAUUCUUGAAAUCCUGCAAAAUAUCUUACAAGGUGGAGAUUGUGCACUCCAGGAGAUUCCCACUGAUGACCUUGGCAUGAGACUACAAGUGAAGAUGAACAUGGAUGAAGGUUUUCAGUAUUACCAAACUCCAGCCCAAAUACAUAACAAAAUUUCAACAGGACUGUUACUUAAUACUACCAUUGCAAUAAGCAUGAAUCACGAUCACUUUUUAAACGAAAUAAUGCAUGAUGGAAAUGAGAUGGUGCGUGAGAGAUUAUUAAACUUUAUGUUUUCACUAACUAGAAUGUACAGAGAAGUGGGCAUUAGCAGUUUGGAAAAAUCUGCAUUGAAGCUUCUAGCACCUCUGCUUUCAUCUUCACUUGGGUCUGUAAUAGCAUCUUAUGACAUUUAUACUACUCACAGUAUAUCUCCAGAGGCGCUGACCUGGUUUUCAGUUUGUUUGAACUCGGAUGUAGCAUCUGGUAGAUUGAAACUUGCAUCAGCAUUAUACUGUAUAGGAGAUAUGGAAAGAGCAGAGUUUGUUCUGAGGAAUACAGAAGAAAAUUAUGAUCUGAAUUCUGUUGAACCUGUAUGUGGAUGUCAUUAUCAUCCCAUGUAUUACCAAAGGCAAGGAUUCAAGCAUAAAUGUAACACUGGAAAUGAAGAAGUGAUAAUUAAACAUAUCAUAGCAUUUUGUGUUAGAUUUCUGCGGUGUGAAAUUUGCUGUGUUCCUGAAGAGCUACAGUAUGAAAUGUUUAGGUCUACACAAGAGGACAGACUUGAAAGGGAUGAAAUUUUUGACUUUUGGAUGGACUCUGCAGUGGUAGAUUCUCUACCUUAUCUCUACUUUCUACAGUACAAAACGUACGGAGCUCUUCAGAGAGUGGCAGACCAACAACGUGCACUUGCAAACCUUGUCACUACCAUUGAAACAGAACAAAACCUAGGUCACAGGGAAACAGCGCUGAACUUAAUAGGACAGUGUAUGGAACAGGAAAACCGACAUAUUGAUGCUUUACGAUGCUACAUGAAAUCUCUGAAUAUCCGAUGCAGAAAUAAUGCUGCAAAUUUUCUUAUAUGUAAACUUCUUAGUUUGUCAGUAAAUAUGCAGUAGUGUAUGCAAAACGGGAAGCCCAUGCAAUCAGAAAAAAAGAUUAAUGGUGACAUAACACAGCAAAACUUCAUCUUAUUAUCUUUGGUUUUCAUCCUAGAAUAUUUGUUGUCAAUGUAAUAACAAUAUUGAAGUAUACCCUUACAGAAGAAAAAGGCCUGCUGCGUACUCUUGCUGUGUACAUACAGCGUAUAUGAUGCGUACAUGAUGUGUACUGAAAUCAAUAGUACGCAGGAUAUACACCGCACAUACACCGAUAGUACGUUUGUAGUACACUUUUGACAUGCAAAUGAGCUCUGCCGCGUACUACUUGCUGCGUACAUGCUGUGGACUACAUAGUACACAGGAUGUACGCUGGAGGAAUUUAGUAUGCGGGAAAUAGUACGCAGCAUGUACGCAGCACAUACACUUUUCACAUGCAAAUGAGCCUGCGGUGUACUACCCCUGCGGCGUACAUGCUGUGUACUCCUGCGGCGUACAUGCUGUGUACUCCUGGCCCGAGUCCUGCGGCGUACAUGCUGUGUACUCCUGCUGCAUACAUGCUGUGUACUCUUGUGGCGAAACUGCUGUGAUAAUGUAAAUUCCUUACCCCACCAACUUUCGUAUGCAAAUGCUGAUCAUUUGGACAGAAAAAAACAGAAAAAAGAUAAGUUACAUGCAUCAACAAGUAUUUACCCUUACCAAAAUAAUGUAGAUUGAUGUUAUCAAAUAAAUUAGUAUGCUUUUCUCCAUCCACUUUUCAAUGAAAUAAAUCAAAUUUUGUAGCAUGUAAUUUGGUAAACCUUUGAAGAAAAUGGCGUAACUGCAUCAAGGGGAAACAACUUUAA